AUGGAGUUUUUGGAGUUGAAAAUUUUGGAGAUGAGAAAUCUUCAAUUGAAAUCAAACGCUCAUCAACAACAGGAGAGACAUGUCAAGUUAAAGGUUGGAUUCGGGAAAAUGGGUGGAUGGCUCAAACAAUAUUCCUCAAAUUUACCCUCCAGUCAUUUCUCACUGAACAGCAACGGGAGAAUAGAUAUAUAUUGGAAUUGGACAUUUCCCUUACGUUAUAAACAAAGAUAUCAAUAUCUAUAUAUAAAAUUGGUUGAUGAUGGAUUUCUUGGUAGUGUAAUAGGUGAAUGUAUGAUUGAUAUUGGUCAUCUUAAAUAUCCAAGUACUCAUAGUCUUUGUGCACCAAUUAUUUCGAAUGUAACGAGUUCACAUCUCGGUAGUCAUUUUAUGAACAUUGGAGAGAUUCAUCUUUCAAUUUCCACUUGUCCAAAGAGUUUACAUAUAUAUCCAUCUCAGAUUUCCAACCUUGAACGUGAUGAAAAGAAUGAUGUUCCAAUGACAAUAUCAACAGAUACUCAGAGUAACGAUCAAAUGGUUCCUGUUUAUAACAAUAGCAAUAGUAAUAGUAGUAGUACACAUUCAUUUAAGGAACAACUUAAAGAAUCGAUAUCAUCAGCUUCUCAUUUGAUUAUUGGUACCAUUAAGAAUGGCAUACGUAUGGGAUCCGACCUACAGUGUCUCAAUGGUGAAAGCAGGAGUCAACGACAAGAAAUGAAAGAGAUGCUGUUGCGUGAGGAAAACAACUCCAAACCAUUCGGAUCGAACAACGAUCACAUUCAUCUCAUCGUAGUCAAUUGCACCGGUUUGGAAAAGGAAUACUCUCCACCCGUUGGGCUGGGAUGUCGCAUUCGAGUGGGAAGCACCGAAAAGAAGGAAACCCAUCAAAAGCUAUCGAACAAUUUGGUUUGGAAACAAUACUUCGACCUGUCUCUAUCAAAUCCCAUGCAUCGAUUUUCAUUGUCAAUGCAAAUUUUCACUGUCCAGUUGCUUGAUUUCUCAACGACACCAGCCUCUGUAAUGGGCGAGUCCAAAGAAAUCAAUCUAUAUGCACUGGAGCGAGAUAAAGUCUUGGAAAUGUCGAUUCCAAUAAAAAUGCAAUUGGCCGAACGACCAAUCAUCAACAACAACCUCAACAAUGUCAGCAUCAAGAUAUUCAUGAAAUUCACUACCGGUAAUCUCACAGAAAAUGAUACCACAGAAUUAUUAUACCAAUCUGUCUGUGCCCAAGAUACACACCUCACCAACGCACUUUUACGAAAAGGUGCUAAAUUCAACCAUUACUUCAAAGAGAACCGACAUCUUGAACAAGCAACCUACACCACACCACUCAUAAAAGCAUCGAAACAUGGAAAUAUAGGAUUGAUCAGAGCACUAAUCGAACUUGGUGCCUCUGUAAACUAUGCCGAUCCCGAUGGCUACACUCCUCUAAUGAAAACCUUGCAGUUUGAAGGAAUUCAUCAACCUUCCUCGAUUCAUGUUCUACGUUUAUUAUUAGAUUCUGGCGCCAAUCCAUCUUUAAGAAAUAAAUAUGGAAAUGAUAUAUUCUCAUAUUGCAAUAACAAAGAAACUAUUCAAUUUUUACAAUCAUAUAUUUAUUCAAGCUUUAUGGAAGUUACCAUUCUAAAGUGUCCACGAUGCAACUAUAUUGAAUUUCCAUUUUGCAGUGAAACUACCAAUCCUAUUCUAAGAGAUAGAAAUUGUAGAUGUACUAAAUUAUCAAAUUGUUUAUCAUGCAAUUAUCCAUUAUCAACCAAAGAUGAAUAUAUUAAAGUUAUUUCAAAUACAGAGAUAAAAUAUUUAAUGAAUUCAUUUUCAUCGAUAGUUAGAUUCACUCCUCAAUUUAUGAUACAUUGUUCCAGUUGCAAUUCAUUUGGAUUCAUAAGUCAACAUAUGAUGGAUUGUCAAAACGAUGACGAUCAAUUUGAAAACUAUAUUUUGAACCACCUUUCACAUCUUCCGCCAUGUUCCAACUCCACCAGUACGAAAAUUCAUUAUUCCAAAGUCAUUUUACUCCAAAAACAACUCGAUAUCCUACUGCAGCUUUCACCGAAAACAAGAGCAUCCCGAUCAAUCACCAUUACCUACCAGCUAUACCAAAAACAACAGAAACAACAACACAUUACCACUGAUUAUUCACCGUUCCAAACACUACCACACGAACUCAUCCUUGCGAUCUUCAGUCAAAUCGAUUCAUGGUCUGAUAUUUCCAGUCUGAUCCAAGUCAAUUCAUUGUUCCACAACAUAUUGAACGAUAAUAUGUUCUGGAAGAACAAACUUUGCUCCCUGUUUAGCCUAUCACGUCAAACUCCGCUCUUUGGCAACUCAUUUAAAUCCCUCUAUGGCCAUUAUACAAGCAUGGCAGAAUGGAUUAGAAUUCUGCUACUCGAAGAGACUUUUAAGCCGAAAUACAAGUUUGAAAUAAACGUUGGAAAUGGAAGUCUGAAUGUCGAGCUGUCACUCACCGCAAAGAAAUAUCUUUUCAACAAGGACGGCAGUUCUUUCAACUUUGAAAAUGAAUUCCGAUUGGUUCUUGAGUUCUCUGCCAUCAAGCAACUGGAAAGCGUUGUAAUCAAAGCAUUCGACCAACCGAUUCAAAAGAUUGCAGAGCUGUGUAGUCUCAUAGGAAUUUCAUCGGCCAACGAGGCAACAUCACCAAGCCUCGAGCAAAUAGGCCAACACAAUGGAAAUGCCUCGAUUCACCUUCGUCUCCAACAAAAAGCAAUCACCAGAUGGAUCAACCAAUAUUUGAAAUAUAUGUAUCCUGGAUUUCAUAAUUUCCUGAUGAUUCGUGACGAUGUUGGUGGCAGUAUAAUACUUGACUUUUUCUACUAUGAUAUUGAAAGAGUUGAAUUGCUAUUAUCAAACCGACAACCACAACAAUUAAAUUUGUAA